ACGAAACCUGUGACGCCGCCAGCUUGAUCACCUUCUGUCUUCCACGACAACAUCGGCAACACCUCUGCGUCUUGUCGUCGCACAUACAAGGCUACCUGAGCACGCAUACCUCGAGCGAUCAUAGAAAGCACAUCAUCAGAAAUACAAAUACCUGCAACGAGCGAUACCCCAAAUCAGCAAGGAUGCCGUCCAUCCGCACCAUCCUGCACCUCCUGCCUCUCGCCACCCUCGGCCUCUGCAAUCCCCAGCGACGACAACAGCAACGUCCGCUGUCCAGCGUCUCCGAUGGGCCCGCCGACGACACACCCCUCCCCGUUAUCAUCUGGCAUGGCCUCGGCGACAACUUCGCCAACGAGGGCAUCCAGUCCGUGGGGUCUCUGAUCGAAGAGCUGCACGAGGGGACGCUGGUGUACCUGGUCAAGCUGGCGGGCGACGCAUCGGGGGACCAGUCGGCGACCUUCUGGGGCAACGUGACCACGCAGCUGGAGCAGGUGUGCGCGGAGCUGGCCUCGCACCCGAUCCUGUCGACGGCGCCGGCCGUCGACGCCGUGGGCUUCUCGCAGGGCGGCCAGUUCCUGCGCGCCUACGUCGAGCGCUGCAACUACCCGCCCGUGCGCAACCUCAUCACCUUCGGGUCCCAGCACAACGGCAUCGUGGACUACAAGGUGUGCGGCCCGACCGAUUUCCUGUGCCGCGGCGCCAUGGCCCUGCUGCACGGCAAUACCUUCGGCUCGUACGUGCAGUCGCACCUCGUGCCCGCGCAGUACUUCCGGGACCCCGCGCCCGGCCAGAUCGAAAAGUACCUCGAGGGGUCCAACUUCCUGGCCGACGUGAACAACGAGCGGGCGCUCAAGAACGAGACCUACAAGAAGAACAUUGCCAGUCUGGACAACUUUGUCAUGUACAUGUUCGAGGACGACACCGUCGUCAUCCCGAAGGAGACAGCCUGGUUCGAGGAGGUCAACGGUACGGAGCACAUCCCGCUGCGGGCGCGCAAGAUGUACGAGGAGGACUGGCUGGGCUUGAGGGAGUUGGAUCGCAAGGGUGGGCUCAAGUUCAGAACCACGCCUGGAGACCACAUGAGAUUGUCGGACGAGGUGCUGAACUCGACGUUUAAGGAGUUCUUUGGACCCUGGGGUAAGAAGUACACGGAGACUUUGGCCAUCGGCGAGCUGUAGACUACGGCCGCAUAGUACACAUAGUUGAGUUGGUCAUUAGUUUCAGUGUCUUCGUAUUGGAGUUCUUGGAGUACGGCCAAAGGAUGCAUGGUCAAGA